AUGGUUGUCAAUGGAGAGAAGAAUUUAUUGUGUUCUGAAGAUGUCAUUUAUUAUGCUACAACAUCUGGUACGACCGCUAAGAUCAAGUUGCUUCCUAUAACUGAAACAACAAUAAAAAAUAUUAGCACGGCGAUACGUCUUGCAUCUUAUGUUAUUUGGAGAUCGUUACCAUCGUCAUCAGUUCCUUCCCCUGAACAACGACCAUUCAGCUUGAUAGGUGAUACAAUCCAAUUUUAUUGCGGGCAAAAAUUACCUCUUAUUAACGGACUUCUUUAUGGUGCCAGUGAAGGAUUCUUUGGAUAUAUCGCAAGUAUUCAUACAGAUGAAUAUUUGCCAUUGCCAACACACGCAUUCUAUGAAUUCAUAAAGGAAGAAGAUGUUCAACAGGCUCAGCCGAAAACUCUUCUCAUCUCUGAGAUUGAGCCAGGGCAUCGGUAUGAGUUGGUUUGUACAACUGAAGCAGGAUUAGUCCGGUACAGAUUGGGAGAUAUGGUUAAUUGCACACGGUUUCUCUGUCAAGCUGAUGAUUUAGUUCGAUUACCACAAGAACCAGUGGAGAUUCCUCGAAUUCCUGUCAUUUCAGUUGCAUAUCGUGUUGGAAAUCUUUUGGAUGUUUAUGGUGAAAAAACAAAUGAACAACAUGUAAUGAAUGCACUUCUUCAAACAAUGCGUCAAUGGAAAGAACAAGGAAUACAUGUUGAUUUAGAUGAGUUUACAUCAUAUCCCAGAUUAGAUGUGUUCCCUCCAAGAUAUGUCAUCUUUAUGGAGUUGAUAGAGAAGCAAGGACACAAGCUUGAUGCACAGCAACUUCGAUUUCUCCAAAGUACCAUUAGUUCAGAUGUUGAACAGCAACUUUGCAAAGCAAACCAAGAAUAUGCAGCUACUCGACGAGGAACAAAACUUGGCGCACUUGAUUGCAUUCUGGUUCGAAGUGGAACAUUCUCAACAUUUCUAAAAGUAUACCUGUUGAUCAAUCGUACAAGAUCCUUGCAAAUGAAACCUCAUCGAAUAUUGAGAAACGAACAACAUAUUCGAUUCUUUUAUGAAAGCCGUAUUGAUACAUCAUCCUCAUAACUUUGAAGCUUCUUUUUGUGAUGACAUUAACAAUUGAAGUAAUGUUCACAUAACAUACUUCUUAUAUAGAAUUUUGUAGAACUCUUUUUUUCUAAAAAGCUAAAGUGUGUGUAAACUUACAGCGAGGCUUUUGCAGUUCUUUCGAAUGCUCCCAUUACAGAACUUAGCAAUUAAUAUCGAUGUGAAGCCAGCACAACACGACAAAUUACCACGACGAGAGAAAAAAGUUUAUUUGUCGAAUGAAGGGCCAAUCAGAAAAUCGAAAAACAAAAAAAAGCAGAGUGGAGGCUGAUAAUUUGGAAAUGGCGACCCUUAGCAACAGAAAUUAGUGAGAAGUUAGUACCACCAAAAAAAAGCAAAACAUUUUCAAAAAAAAGGCAAAAUCUUCACCAUACGAGCCAUCCCUAGUUUCAAUCCUGUUCAUUCCUUGAGAAACCUUGGAAGGAUCUUUUAGGAUCCUGAAUCUUAAGGAUCUUGUCAAGUUUUUAUUCAGGAUCUUGUUUCAAAUCCUUAGUGUUUCCUGUCUCCGGGAUUUUUAAGGUAAGUCAAGAUCCUGUUCAGGAUUUCUUCAAGUUCCUGCUCAGAUAUGUUUUUGAAUUGAGAAUACAGGUUCCUAUCAGGAUUUUCUCAAGAUUCUAUUAAGGAUCCUCUCAAGAUAAUGAGAGAGGAUUCUAUCAAGAUUGUAUCGAGUUCUCGUCAGGAUCUAGGUCAAAUCUUUGUAUCAAGAUCCUGUCAAGAGUGAUAGCCACAUCAGACGAGGAUCCUGGCAAGAAAAUAAUAAGAUCCGUCAGAAUAUGAAAACAGACUAAUCCUGCAACGCUUCAAUUAGGAUCUUGUUCAGAAGUUUUUCAAGAAUAUGCGUUUCCAAAACUUCCAAGACAAUAUCAAUUCUAAUCACGAUCUUGAUAAGAACAUGUAAAGGAUUAAGCAGAGAUCUUUACAGGUUACUGCUUAGUCUAUUCAGCCAUGCCAAUUUCUUGAGAUAGCCUUGACGGAUCUUUCAGAAUCAUAAAUCUCAAGGAUCCUGUCAGGUUUGUUUCAGGAUUCUAUCCAAGAUUUGUUCACGUUCUUGCUCAGAUUUUUUCUGAAUUGAGUUUGUACGAUCUUACUGAUCCUAGUCUAAAUCCUAGACAUUCCUUGAAAAUUCCUGCCAGGCUCUUCCAGGAUCCUGAUCCUACAGAAUCUUGUCAAGUUUGUCUUAGGAUGCUGUUUUGAAUCCUUGUAUUUUCGGUGCUAUAGUAUAUUUCAAGACUAAAGAGAAUUCUAACCAGGAUUUCUUCAGGUUCCUGUUCCUAUUAUGUUUGGAUUGAUAGAUCAAAAUCCUGUUAAGAUUCACUCAAAAUUCUAUUUAGAGUCUUAGCAAGAAUAACAAGAAAAUAUUAUUGUAAGAUUUUUCCAGGAUUUUAUCCAGAUUCAUCCAACAGGUUUACCUCAGGAUUUUUCUAGGAAAUGAAAAUCGAUCAGAGAAGGAUCUGGACAAGAAAGAAACUGAGAUCACGUACGGAUAUGGAUAGAAAAAUCUUAUCAAGCUCCAUCCAAAAUCCUGAUCUAUUUCUUCGUUGAUACAGCCGGAAGGAUCUUUUUUAAACUUCUUCAGGAACGUAUUAGGAUCUGAUCAUGCAAAAAUAUUUCAAAGUCUAAGGGAAAGAUACUAAAUGUUCUCAGGAUUUUGACAAAAAAAAAAACAACUGGAGACUAUUAGGAUCCGUUCAAAUUUUUGUUUGGCUCAUAUCCCGACUUUAUCAUCAGGAUCCUGAUAAGAUUCAUAAACAAUUCUGUUCCUAAACUUGAAAAACAACAGAAAAUGGUUUCAACAAAAUUUUGAUUAGAUUCCGCCAGAGAUCCGUACCAGAUCCUUAAGUCCCUUGACACAAAUAAGUUAUAAUACCAGACUCUAUGUCUGACCAAUAUCAUCCUUAAGAGAUCUGGGAAGAAUCUGUUAAGAUCUUCACUUUCAAGUCUAUGAGUUCAUGGUAUCAAGAUAAUGCAAAAUGAAGCAGGAUCCUGUUCAAGAUUUCUUAAAGAUCCUGCUAGGAUUUUAUAUAAAAAUUACUCAUUCUCUGUUCAAAAUCUUGGAAAGAAAUAGUAGAAAGAAUCGUUUUAGAACAUAUCAAGUUUUCGUUAGGAUAUCUUAAGGAUCUGCUUGGUAAGUUCCAUAGUGACGUCAGGCAAGGAUCUUGCCAAGUUUUGAAUAGAAAUGCGUGUCCUUUCCUACUUAUUUCGAAUUCGAGAGUCUCGUGCAAAACGUCUUCACGAUUCUCUGCAGGUCUUCAGAAUCCAUUACCUUAGUUUUAUACUAAAUCAUGCUAAAUAUCAUAAAAAUUUUGGCAAGAUAUCAAAAAGACUCAGUCAAGAUUUUGUCUCGAUCAUAUUUAAAUUUUAUUACAAAUGUGAAAGUCAAGAUCUUUAACGGAUCCGAAUUUUUUCCUUCGAAGAAACUCGAUUAGGCUUGGAUAGAACAUGAAGUCAAGAUCCUAUCCGGAUCAUGUCAAGGUUAUGCCUGUAUAUAAGAUAAAACGCCUGCCAUAAUCCUGACAAGAUUUUCUGUAUUCGAUUGCACGCUGGCGCCAAUACUUCUAAGUGAUCUUUACAAUAUAAAUUAUUAUUAAAUCACUUCAUUUGUAAUUUAAAUAUUAAUUAAAACUAAAAAUAAAAUAAUUUUUGGGUUUACGUAGUGGUGGCCAUAGAGAAUUUAAUCGUUGUAUACACAUAUUUUUUGAUUGGACGUAUUUGUUCAACGAAUUUUUCUCUCUUUCCUUGCAUGUUUAUUUGAAUCUUUUCCUCGUAAACUUGGGCUUGAGAGAAUUUUUUGAAAAUUUAACUCAUGGCUACUACAAUGUCUACUGCAUCAAAACGUUCAAAGACAAUUGAACCUGAACAUUUUUGUUUCGUUUCUUUUCCAUCAGAAGGAACUCAUGGAAUAUGGCCUGAAAAUCUUAUUCGUACUAAGGGUGUGGGUAUGGGUGUGGGUGCGGGUGUGGGUGUGGGUGUGGGUGUGGGUGUGGGUGUGCGGUAUUGGUGCGGAUGUGGGUGUGGGUGUAGGUGCCGGUGUGAGUGUGGGGUGUGUGCGUGUGAGUGUGUGCGUGGGUGGGUGUCGGUGUGUGGGUGUGUGUAUGGCUGACAGUGUAGAUGUUGGUCAUUUGUUCACCCACACACACCCACACCCACCCACACCCACCACCCACACCCACACCCACCCACACCCACACCCACACCCACACCCACACCCACACCCACACCCACACUUAUACAAACGCUGUGAAACUAACGCAUAGAAUUUAAGCGUUGACUUGUCAAGAGACCGAGAACGAAGAUGAACACAAUUCCGGCAUAGAGGAACCAAAGACUAACACAGUUUAUUUCAACCAUUAUACUUCACCAAAAUGCGUCAUACAAGCACUGCUUCUUAAUUUAUACCAGUGAUAAGGACGCAAAAGAAGAAAAUCCAUAUUGAUAAAGAGUCAGAAGAACGAUUGACGAAAAGUGUAUCUUACAUCUUGAUUAGGGGUGUCAGUUUCGGGUUCCGUUCCUGGGAACGAGAACCCGCACCGAGUUCCGGGUUUCUAGGAACGGGAACCCACUUGGUUUUUCAUUUCUGUGCAUUUUUGAACACACUGGAGUGCUUAUACAUACUUUUUCUUUCGUUUUGAGGCGAGUCACUCCGGGUUCCUGGGAAUGGGAACCCGUACCGGGUUCCGAGUUCCUAGGAACGGGAACCCGGUUAAAAAUUCAUUUCUGUACAUUUUUGAACACACU